AUCCAUCCACAUCCAACAAAGACUGCCGCCAUCACCAUCCACUCAUUUUUCUUUUUUCUGCCAUCCUUGAACGGUAGCUUCUAUAGUACUAGCUAGCUAGUAGCUAUAGAAGAGAGGUUGCAUCUAUCGAUAUCGCAUAAGACAAGUCUUAGUCUUUGUCUUUUCUUGUCACUCAGUCUAUUCUAUUCCAUAAGAAAGUAAGUCAGUCAGUACUUCAGUAAUUCAGUAAGUCAGUAUGAGUAGCGCCGUGAUAAUCGAGAAAUCUUCGACCGCGGGAAUCAAGGUGGAUGCGUCCGUGAUCGCCAAGCCGUUUCGUGAAGAGAUUCAAGCGAAAGUGGCAGCGUGGAAAUCGGAGGGCGUGGAUGCUCCGUUGCUGGUGGGUUUACUGGCGAAUGAAGACCCCGCUGCUAAAAAGUACGCCGAAUGGACGGGCAAAGCGUGUCGCAAUGACGGCUUACGGUACGAGCUAAGGACUUGUCAACCCUUGGACGUGGAAGCCACCUUGCUAGACGCCAAUGACGAUCCACGCGUCCACGGAAUCAUCGUCUACUAUCCCAUCUUCGGCCAGGAAGAGUCUUUCAGCGGCGCCAGUCAGGACGACUACUUGCGGGACUCCGUGUCCCACCAAUGCGAUGUCGAGGGACUCUGCCAUCUUUAUCGAACCAACCUUUUCCGAAACGUACGAUUUCUCGAUUAUCCACGCAAUCAGCAGAAAUGCUUGCUGCCCUGUACGGCACUUUCCGUCGUCAAAAUACUCGAACACUGUCCCGGCUGCUACGACGAAACCAAGCCCAUUGGAAAACACAUGCAAGGAAAAGUCGUUUCCGUCAUCAACCGAUCUGAAAUUGUAGGAAGACCUCUCGCGGCCAUGUUGGCCAAUGAUGGAGCCAAAGUUUACUCCAUUGAUAUCAACUCCAUAUUCAUUUUUGAAGGAGGAAGACUCCAAAAGUGUCCUCCAGGAACCACUCCUGAAGAUUGUGUCAGGGAGUCCAACAUUGUCGUGACCGGAGUCCCCACCAAAAACUACCGUCUUCCCACCGAAUGGGUGCAACCCAAUACUACCGUCGUCAAUGUGGCGUCCUACAAAAAUGUUGAUGAACAAGCGUUGCUGCAAAUUCCAGGAGUCGUUUACGUGCCCAUGGUCGGAAAGGUCACCGUGGCCAUGCUAGAACGAAAUCUGGUACGUCUCUUUGAACAGUUUCAUAUCAAGGGACAUCCACAAGACAGGACACUUGCAACAACCACUACUAUCAACAACAAUACAACCACCAAUGCAGAUUUGCACCCCCUGCACUGGUAUACGGCAGCGGCCGUCACGGCACUUUUGGCCAUGAUGAUACUCAACAAUCAAAAGUAAAAAUAGAGUUGUGCGCUUGCGCAUGCACUUGGACGUGUCAAUUUGUGGUCAGGAUCCAAGCUUUAAAAUUAGUUUGUUCAGUUUGUUGGGUUGGAAAAAUAUAUUAUGAUAGUAGUAGCAUGAGUGAUAAUUGUACAUGUAGUCUAAUUGCGAGUUUUUAAAUAAUUAACAAUGGAAAAUAAAGUUGUAGCCAAAG